UGCGGUGUCACCGCUGGUUGUCACGCAGAUUACGUAGAUCUUUUGGCGUAGCAGAGGCCCGGGUGAAAAGAAGGGGUCCCACCGCGGAACGAGUAGCUAGAGCGAGAGCGACAGCAGCGGAUAUCCUAGGAACGAUUACAAGUAGUUUUUAGGCCUGACUGUAAAUUGAAAAGCAAACAUCAGCUUAAUGUGGUGGAGCAUCAGGAGUUGAAAGAGCGUGAAAUGAUCAUGAAGCCCAGAUUAAGUGUUGUCUGCUCAUCCAGAAGGUCCCAGGUAUUACCUCCCCUCUGCCUGUAGGGUAUUAAAUCGGCCCUCUCACCUCCCCUGCCAGUGAACUGGGUGAUGAAAUGAGAUAAAGUGGACAACAGGAGCAGCCCAGUCCCCCGCCCCCCCACUGCCACCUGUUUGAAGCAUGGCAGGCCUGCAGCUUGUCACCCCUGCCACCUCACCCAUGGGGCCUUUCUUCGGGCUGCCGUGGCAGCAGGAGGCCAUCCACGACAACAUCUACACGCCUCGCAAAUAUCAGGUAGAACUUCUUGAAGCAGCUAUUGAACAUAAUACUAUCGUCUGCUUGAAUACUGGCUCAGGGAAGACCUUUAUUGCAGUACUUCUAACAAAGGAGCUCUCCCACCAAAUCCGGGGACAUUACAAUGAAAAGGCAAAGAGGACGUUUUUCCUGGUGAACACAGCUGUGUCUGUAGUUCAGCAAGCGGCUGCAGUCAGGACUCACUCUGACCUGCAAGUGGGAGAGUACACGGACGUGAAGGAGACCUCGUCAUGGACGCACCAACGCUGGAGGGAAGAAAUAAUGGAGAAUCAGGUGCUGGUCAUGACCUGCCACAUCUUCCUCCACAUUUUGAGGAAUAAAUUCUUACCUUUGUCUAAAAUCAACCUGGUGGUGUUUGAUGACUGCCACCUGGCCAUUACAGACCACCCCUACUGUGACAUCAUGAAGCUGUUUGAGGGCUGUCCGGGCAGCCCCCGCAUCCUGGGCCUCACAGCCUCCAUCCUCAACGGGAAGUGUGACCCGUCAGAACUGGAGCACAAGAUCCAGAACCUGGAGAGAAUCUUGAGGAGCAACGCUGAAACGGCCACGGACCUUGUGGUGCUGGACAGAUACGCGUCUCAGCCCAGAGAAGUGGUGCUGGACUGUGGCCCCUACACGGAUAAGAGCGGCCUCUCUUCCUGUCUGCAGGCGGAGCUGGAUGACGCUCUCUACUUCCUGAGUGACUGCAACUUCUGUGUUGGCAGAGAGGACCGCGACCCCACGUUCAUCUCCAAACAGGUCCUGGGGGACUGUCGGGCCGUGCUGCAGGUCCUGGGUCCCUGGUGUGCCGAUAAGGCAGCGGGCAUCAUGGUGCGGGAGCUCCAGAAGUACAUCAAACACGAGCAGGAGGAGCUCAGCCGCAAGUUUCUGCUCUUCACUGACACCAUCCUGAGAAAGGUGCACGCGCUCUGCGAGGAGCACUUCUCGCCGGCCUCCUUGGACCUCAAGUUCGUCACCCCCAAGGUCCUCCGGCUGCUCGAGAUCCUACACGAGUACAAGCCCUUCGAGCGGCAGCAGUUUGAAAGCGUGGAGUGGUACAACAACCGCAACCAGGACAACUACGUGUCGUGGAGCGACUCGGAGGACGAAGACGAGGACGAGGAGGUGGAGGCCAAAGAGAGGCCCGAGGCCAACUUUCCCUCGCCCUUCACCAACAUCCUGUGUGGCAUCAUCUUUGUGGAGAGGCGCUACACAGCUGUCGUCCUCAAUCGUCUGAUCAAAGAGGCGGGGAAGCAGGACCCGGAGCUGGCUUACAUCAGCAGCAACUUCAUCACGGGCCACAGCAUCGGCAAGAACCAGCCGCGCAACAAGCAGAUGGAGGUGGAGUUCAGGAAGCAGGAGGAGGUUCUCCGCAAGUUCCGGGCUCAUGAAACCAACUUGCUGAUCGCCACCAGCAUCGUGGAGGAAGGCGUGGACAUCCCCAAGUGUAACCUGGUUGUGCGGUUCGACCUGCCUGCAGAGUACAGGUCCUACGUCCAGUCCAAAGGCCGAGCCCGAGCUCCAGUCUCCAACUACAUCAUGCUGGCGGACAGUGAGAGGACCAGGACCUUCGAAGAUGACCUUACCACCUACAAGGCCAUUGAGAAGAUCUUAAGGAACAAGUGCUCCAAGACGGUGGAGGUGAGUGAGUUUGAAGUGGAGCAGGUGCUGGACGAUGACGACGUCCUUCCACCCUACGUCCUGCACUCUGAGGACGGAGGUCCUCGGGUCACCAUCAACACAGCCAUCGGACACAUCAACAGGUACUGCGCCCGGCUGCCCAGUGACCCGUUCACCCACUUAGCACCCAAGUGUAAAACUGCUGAGAGGCAGGACGAGCGCUUCCAGUCCACUCUGUACCUGCCCAUCAACUCCCCUCUGCGAGUUCCUCUGAAGGGGCCCACAAUGAGCUGCGCCCGGCUGGCAGAGAAAGCAGUCGCACUUCUAUGUUGCGAGAAGCUUCACAAAAUCGGUGAGCUGGACGAUCACCUGAUGCCGGUGGGGAAGGAGACGGUGAAGUACGAGGAGGAGCUGGACCUCCACGAUGAGGAAGAGACCAACGUUCCAGGCCGGCCCGGCUCCACCAAGAGGAGGCAGUGCUACCCCAAAGCCAUACCCGAGUGUCUGCGGGACAGCUACGCUGUGUCCCAGCAGACCUACUACCUGUACGUCAUCGGCAUGGUCCUCACCACGCCUCUCCCUGAUGAACUCAACUUCCGCAGGAGGAAGCUCUACCCACCGGAGGACACCACCAGGUGCUUCGGCAUCCUGACCGCCAAACCCAUCCCUCGGAUCCCGCACUUCCCGGUGUACACUCGCUCGGGCGAGGUGACCAUCUCCAUCGAGCUGCAGAAGUCUGGCUUUGCGCUGGACGGCGCGCAGCUGGACCUCAUCACGCGCCUGCACCAGUACGUCUUCUCCCACAUCCUGCGCCUGGAGAAGCCCGCGCUGGAGUUCAAGCCCACGCUGGCCGACUCUGCCUACUGCGUUCUGCCUCUGAACGUCGUUGGAGACUCCCACAUUCUAGACAUGGACUUCAUGUUCAUGGAGGACAUAGAGAGGUCUGAGGCCCGCACGGGCAUUCCUACCACUCAGUACACCAAGCAGAACCCCUUCACCUUCAAGCUGGAGGACUACCAGGAUGCGGUCAUCAUUCCGAGGUACCGGAACUUUGACCAGCCGCACCGCUUCUACGUCGCCGAUGUGUACACAGACCUGACGCCGCUCAGCAAGUUCCCGUCGCCAGAGUACGAGACGUUUGCCGAGUACUACAAAACAAAGUACAACCUGGACCUGUCCAACCUGAACCAGCCGCUUCUGGACGUGGACCACACCUCCUCCAGACUGAACCUGUUAACUCCUCGCCACCUGAACCAGAAGGGCAAAGCACUGCCCCUCAGCAGUGCAGAGAAGAGGAAGGCCAAGUGGGAGAGUCUGCAGAACAAGCAGAUCCUGGUUCCAGAGCUGUGUGCCAUCCACCCCAUCCCCGCCUCGCUGUGGAGGAAAGCAGUGUGUCUGCCCAGCAUCCUCUACCGCCUCCACUGCCUCCUGACCGCCGAGGAGCUCCGGGCCCAGACCGCCAGCGAAGCCGGAGUGGGAGCCCAGACACUGCCCCCCGACUUCAGGUACCCAAACCUGGACUUUGGCUGGAAGAGAUCCAUCGACAGCAAAGCGUUCAUCUCCUUAUCCGACUCCGGCAGCGAGGACGACGAGGCCGACUGUCCGUUCCAAGAGACUGAGAGCCCUGACCGCGAUCCGCUAUCCCGCCCCAGUAGUUGCAGCUCCCCCCAGCCCGAGCAGGGGCCCCAAGCGGCCCCCGGGCCCGGAGAAGCCACGUGCACGAGGAAUCUAACCAACGGCACCGCCCUAGUGACCGACAUGCAUGAGGAGCCCCUUCACCAACAUGACAACUGCCAACGCUCGCAGCUCGGCUCCCCUGGACGGGCACCAACCACUACCUCAGCUCACAGCCCUCCGCCGCCGAGUGAUGGAUGCACACCAGGGAGGACCUGGCACCACGCAUUUAAAGCUACCUCAGUCUGCAGCCCGGCAGCAACGGGUCCCGACGCCCCCGCAGCAUCUUCUCCCCGUCCGGCCGCGGCCCCGCAUCACGAGGCCCCGACCAGAGACUCCCCCAAAAGCCUGGGGCCCAACCCCGGCCUCAUCCUGCAGGCCCUCACCCUGUCCAACGCCAGCGACGGCUUCAACCUGGAGCGGCUGGAGAUGCUCGGAGACUCUUUCCUCAAGCACGCCAUCACCACGUACCUGUUCUGCACCUACCCCGAUGCCCACGAGGGCCGCCUGAGCUACAUGCGCAGCAAGAAGGUGAGCAACUGUAACCUGUACCGUCUGGGGAAGAAGAAGGGGCUCCCCAGCAGGAUGGUGGUGUCCAUCUUCGACCCCCCCGUCAACUGGCUGCCUCCUGGAUACGUGGUCAACCAGGACAGAAGCAGCCCGGACAAACUGGACUCGGAGGAGGCCCCGGAGGAGCCUGCGGCGAACGGGCAGCCUGAGAACGACUCCGACAUUGAGGAGGAAGACGCUGAGGAGCUGGACGAGGACGGUGAGCUGAUGCUGAAGGAGGAGCCAAAGGACGAAGUCAACAUGGAGGACGACUUGGAGUACUACAAGGAGCACAUCAAGUUCAUCGACAACAUGCUGCUGGGAUCCGGCGCGUUCGGUAAGAAGAUCUCGCUGAGCGGCUUCCCUCCCCCUCCCGCCCCGGCGUCGGGCUCCUCCACCGCCACGGAACCCCCCUACGAGUGGAAGGCGCCAAGGAAGCGCCACCAGCCGGCGGCGGCCCACUACGCCUCGGAGCCGGCGCCCAGCGCGGAGGAGUUUGACUACAGCUCCUGGGACGCGAUGUGCUACCUGGACCCCAGUAAGGCGGGCGAGGAGGACGACUUCGUGGUGGGCUUCUGGAACCCGUCCGAGGAGAACUGCGGCGCGGAGCUGGGCAAGCAGUCCAUCUCUUACGACUUGCACACGGAGCAGUGCAUCGCCGACAAGAGCAUUGCCGACUGCGUGGAGGCUCUGCUGGGCUGUUACCUGACCAGCUGUGGGGAGCGAGCCGCCCAGAUGUUCCUCUGCUCGCUGGGCCUCAAGGUGUUGCCGUUGGAGAGCGGGACCCCGACCGGAGCGCUGGUGCAGAGCGGUCAGACCUCCACCCGGGACCUGAGCUACGGCUGGCUGAAGAUCCCGCCCCGCUCCCUGCUGGACCACCCAGACGCAGAGCGAACCCUCAACCACCUCAUCUCCGGCUUCGAAAACUUCGAAAGGAAGAUCAACUACACCUUUCAGAACAAGGCGUACCUGCUGCAAGCCUUCACCCACGCUUCCUACCAUUACAACACCAUCACAGAUUGUUACCAGCGGCUGGAGUUCCUUGGCGAUGCAAUUCUAGACUACCUCAUAACAAAGCACCUUUAUGAAGACCCGCGGCAGCACUCUCCCGGCGUGCUGACCGACCUGCGCUCAGCACUCGUCAACAACACCAUCUUUGCUUCUCUGGCCGUCAAGUACGACUACCACAAGUACUUCAAGGCCAUCUCGCCGGAGCUUUUCCACGUCAUCGACGACUUUGUGCAGUUUCAGCUGGAGAAGAAUGAGAUGCAAGGCAUGGACUCCGAGCUGCGUCGCUCCGAAGAAGACGAGGAGAAGGAGGAGGACAUCGAGGUCCCUAAGGCCAUGGGGGACAUUUUUGAGUCGCUGGCCGGCGCUAUUUACAUGGACAGCAGCAUGUCCCUGGAGACGGUGUGGCAGGUGUAUUAUCCGAUGAUGAUGCCCCUCAUAGAGAAAUUCUCUGCCAACGUGCCCCGCUCUCCUGUGAGGGAGCUGCUGGAGAUGGAGCCGGAAACCGCCAAGUUCAGCCCCGCAGAGAGGACGUAUGACGGGAAGGUCCGGGUGACGGUGGAGGUCGUCGGGAAGGGCAAGUUCAAAGGAGUCGGCCGCAGCUACCGGAUCGCCAAGUCGGCGGCGGCGCGACGGGCGCUGCGCAGCCUCAAAGCCAAUCAACCUCAGGUCCAAACCAACUGAGCCCUCAGCAUCAGCACCGAAGCUACUGACGCCGGCGGAAGGGAGGAGAAGAGGCUGUGACGCAUCCUCAGAACUGAUCUCACAUCUUAUUUCAUUGUUUUGUUUUCUUGUUUUGCGCAAACACAAUCUCUGCUUUCCCUCUCGGCUUCGUGUAAUCACACCAGUGCUUUAUCAACGUUCUGCCAAGUGUCAGGUCACCAUGUCUCCUCCUCCUCCUCCGUUCAAUGCGAGGAGGCCCCUGCUUAUUGUGUGGAGGGCGACUGUACAUAGUUCAGUCAGAGGAGUAGGAAGAAGGAAACAACGCGCCCUUCUGUCAGGAAACGGUAUUCUUCAUCAUGUUUGCACUUAUUCCAUUAGGGUCUGUUACUUUGACAAUGUGUUGACAGCAAAAUCCUAUUCGUAGCAAAGUCUAUAAAUAUAUAUAUAUGAAACACAAGAGGUGAGUGAUCUGCUCGGCCCCUUACUGCUAAACGGAAUACCAACAUUCCCACUGACUGUAAUUUAAAGUAGUUCAUGCUCCUCUGAAGGUCCGUGCGAGUGGCGUCGGCGGUUUGGACUCGUUCUCGUGCACUAAAUGUCUCGCUGAUCGGAGGACGCAUUCCGCGUGCUACAGACUUUUCUACUCUGGACACUGGUGUUAAGGCUCAGAUUGUGUCUUGUGUCCUCAUGCCGCUGUGACACUACGAGCCGCCGUGUGUUUGGACUCAUUCUGCUUCUGGCUAAAUGUCCUUUCCCCUUCAUCCAUGAGCCCUUUUCACUUGAAUACCUCAGUUAAUUGCAUGCAUUUCCUCGUCUCUAUAUAUAUAUUCUUUUUGUUUGGUGCUAUGUUUUUGUAUUAAGCUUGAAUUUCUCAUCUUUUUUUGCACUGUAACUAUAAUACCUCUUUAUUUGA